AGUUGCUCCAGAGGCCACAACAACUGCCAUUGCUUCACAAAUCACAACAACAACAGUUGCUCCAGAAGUUACAACAACACCACUCGUUCCAGAGGCCACGACAACUGCUGUUGCUCCAGAGGCCACAACAACUGCUGUUGCUCCAGAGGCCACAACAACAACAGUCGCUCCAGAAGACACAACAACAACAGUUGCUCCCGAAGUUACAACAACAACAGUCGCUCCAAAGACCACAACAACAACAGCUGUUGCUCCAGAAGCCACAACAAUACCAGUCGCUCCAGAGUCCACAACAACUACCGUUGCUUCACAAGUCACAACAACAACAGUUGCCACACAAGUAACAACAACUACUGUUGAUACAGAAGCCACAACAACAGGAGCUCCAGAAGCCACAACAACAGGUGGCCCAGAAGCCACAACAACUACUGCUUCUCCAGAAACCACAACAACAAGUACUCCAGAAGCCUCAACAACUACUGAUUCUCCAGAAAACACAACAACAAGUGCUCCAGAAGCCACAACAACUACUGCUUCUCCAGAAACCACAACAACAGGAACUCCAGAUGCCACAACAACUACUGCUUCUCCAGAAGCCACAACAACUUCUCCCUCUCCGGAAACCACAACAACAUCAGUAGCCACAGAAGCCACAUCAACAACUAUUACUCCACAAGUAACAACAACUGCUGUUGAUACAGAAGCCACAACAACAGGUGGUCCAGAAACCACAACAACAGGUGCUCCAGAAGCCAUAACAACUACUGCUUCUCCAGAAACCACAACAACAGGUGCUCCAGAAGCCACAACGACUACUGCUUCUACAGAAACCACAACAACAUCAGUAGCUCCAGAAGCCACAACUACUACUGGAUCUCCAGAAACCACAACAAAGUCAGUGGCUACAGAAAGCACAACAACAACUGUUGCUCCACAAGUCACAGCAACUACUGUUGCCACAGAAACGACAACAGGUGCUCCAGAAGCCACAACAACUACUGCUUCUCCAGAAACCACAACAACAUCAGUAGCUACAGAAUCCACAACGACUACUGUUUCUCCAGAGAUGACAACAACAUCAGUAACUACAGAAGCCACAACAACUUCUGCUUCUCCUGAGACGACAACAACAUCAGUAGCUACAGAAAGCACAACUACUGCUUCUACAGAAGCCACAACAACAUCAGUAGCUACAACAACUACUCCUUCUCCAGAAACCACAACAACAUCAGUAACUACAGAAACCACAACGACUACAGCUUCUCCUGAAACCACAACAACAUCAGUAGCUACAGAAGCCACAACAACUACUGUUUCUCCACAAAUCACAACAACAUCAGUAGCCACAGAAGCCACAACAACUACUGCUUCUCCAGAAACCACAACAACAUCAGUAGCCACAGAAGCCACAACAACAACUGUUACUCCACAGGUCACAACAACUACUGCUUCUACAGAAACCACAUCAACAUCAGUAACUACAGAAACCACAACGACUACAGCUUCUCCUGAAACCACAACAACAUCAGUAGCUACAGAAGCCACAACGACUACCGCUUCUCCAGAGACAACAACAACAUCAGUAGCUACAGAAACCACAACAACAGGUGCUCCAGAAGCCACAACAACUACUGCUUCUCCAGAAACCACAACAACAUCAGUAGCUACAGAAACCACAACAACUGUUGCUCCACAACUUACAACAACUGACGCUCCAGAAGCCACAACAACUUCUGCUUCUCCUGAAAUCACAACAUCAGUUGCUACAGACGCCACAACAACUACUGCUUCUCCACAAAUCACAACAACAUCAGUAGCUACAGAAGCCACAACAACUACUCCUUCUCCAGAAACCACAACAACAUCAGUAACUACAGAAACCACAACGACUACAGCUUCUCCUGAAACCACAACAACAUCAGUAGCUACAGAAGCCACAACAACUACUGUUUCUCCACAAAUCACAACAACAUCAGUAGCUACAGAAGCCACAACGACUAUAGCUUCACCAGAGACGACAACUACAUCAGUAGCUACAGAAGCCACAACAACAGCUGUUACUCCACAAGUCACAACAACUUCUGUUGCUACAGAAACCACAACAACACAAGUAGCUACAGAAGCCACAACGACUACCGCUUCUCUAGAAACCACAACAACAUCAGUAGCCACAGAAGCCACAACGACUACAGCUUCUCCAGGAACCACAACAACAUCAGUAGCUACAACAACUACUGCUUCUACAGAAACCACAACAACAUCAGUUGCUACAGAAGCCACAAUAACAACUGUUGCUCCACAAGUUACAACAACUGACGCUCCAGAAGCCACAACAACUUCUGCUUCUCCUGAAAUCACAACAUCAGUUGCUACAGACGCCACAACAACUACUGCUUCUCCAGAAACCACAACAACAUCAGUAGCUACAGAAGCCACAACGACUACUCUUGCUCCACAAGUUACAACAACUGUCGCUCCAGAAGCCACAACAACUUCUGCUUCUCCUGAAAUCACAACAACAUCAGUUGCUACAGACGCCACAACAACUACUGCUUCUCCAGAAACCACAACAACAUCAGUUGCUACAGAAAAACGACAACAACAGGUGCUGUAG